CACACACACACACACACACACAAACGUUGCGUACGCUUAAAUGGAUGCGAACCUCCUUGUUGUGUUUCAAUUUACUAGAUCCAACGCAGUGUCUCAGUUCAGAAUGUUCAGCAACGUGAUGGAGAGCAGUUGUGGUAAAACUGAGGCAGCUGAAGGCGUCGGUAUCUAUAAUGGCUGUAAUCGAAAGUCCUUAACAGCCGGACGCAUGACUUCCGAUAAUUUGAUAUUUAAGCGAGCAGCUGUGUGGGUCUAUGGCAAGCCCAAGUGUCACCCAACGACUUCCAGUGGAUGCAAUGCUCGUAUUGGUUGCUGCACAUGCUAUCACGGAUACUUUGGCGCCGCAUGUGAGUAUCAAUGUCCGGAUGGACGAUAUGGAAGAGACUGCAAAGAUACUUGCCAAUGCAAGAACGGAGCUUUGUGCUCGCACAUUAAUGGUUCGUGCACGUGUGCGGCUGGUUAUAGAGGCAGGCUCUGUGAUUCUUUAUGUGCGCCUGGAUACUAUGGAGUUGGAUGUCAGAAGUGCAAUUGUCCAACCAAAACUUCAGCCUGUAACCCGUUUACCGGACAGUGUGCUUGUUUCGCCGGAUAUGGUGGUGAGCGUUGUGUCCAGCGGUGUGGCGUCGGAAAGUACGAAAACACUUGGGGACCACAAUGUGCCAACAAUUGUACUUGUGUCAAUGGAACAUGCGAUCCUUUGACGGGCAAGUGUACAUGUGACGUAGGCUACGCCGGGCAGAACUGCAACAAUCCUUGUUCAGAGUUGCAACCAGUUGUGUAA